AUGGCAACGUGGAUGUCAGACGAUGGUCUUGAUACCAGGGAGUCUAUCUGUGAAGCCCACACACUAAUUACUGAGCUCUAUGAUCCAGCAAACCAACGAGACCCCGCCAAGAUCAACGAAAUCCAAACGCGCUUCCAGCAACUCCAGAAGACAGAUAAUGCAUGGGCAAUUGCUGAUUCUCUCUUGCAAAUUGAAGAUUCUCCCCAGCAUCGUUUCAUGGGAGCCCUCACCUUCACGGUGAAGAUCAAUGUCUCGUGGCAUGAGAUUAAUGAAAAUAAGGCUAGGGAGAUUAUGCAGCACUUGAUUAAUCGCUUCGUCGCUUUGGUCACCAAUGGCGAACAAACAAUGGUUGUGCGGAAGCUUGCUUCAAGCUUGAUCACCAUAUUCAGACAUCCUUAUGCGAGGUGGACUCGAGCUGUGUGGCAACUGGCUGCAAGCCUCGUCCAUGGUGGAUACAUAUCCGAGGAGCAAUCACAAACGGCAGAUUUCCGGGAGCAGAUACUGCCAGCGCUGAACAAGAAUGGAUCAGGUGCAUUGCUGUUCUUUUCCAUUGCGCUCGCCGAGGAGGCUCUCCAGCUGGAAUCAUUACCUCACGAUGGCCCCGAGGAAUCUUCUGCUCUUCGGCGAGCUAGGUUGAACGCCAAGGACGGGCUACUUCUGGUUCAAUUCAUUCUUAUGGAAAUAAUGCAGCAAGCGCAUGCUGCUGGAGAUGAUGCAGUUGAUGUGGCACUGGCUACGGAAGCCAUGAGCUCAUGGAAGGCAUGGAUAGGUGUCCAUGGGAAUCGCCAACACUCUUCUGCUGAAGAUGUCAAUGACUUGGCUUUACAGAGUGGUCGGACUGUCAUCAGUACGCUAGGUGUUUCCAGCUUGAGUGAAGCUGCAGCUUCCAUUCUGACAUCGGCCUUCGAAGGUCGCGCGUGUGUUUUCUUGGGAGGCUCAUUAGAUUUGCUUGCAUCGUAUGUUGUUGAUUCGAACGUGACCUCUCACAUCGUUUCAGUAGCGAAUGGCACUGAAGGAAGCGAAAGCAUGUCCUUUGUCGAUCUCCUAAUCGCAUACGUCAUGUAUCGGCACUUGGCUCUCUUCACUGACGACACAGAUUCAAAGGCUAGAGCCGUCCUUCAACUUGUUCAUGGGAUUCUUAAAACACCUGGAUACGCUGCCAUCGAUGAUCUCGGAACUCCGCGCGUGCUGGAGUUCUGGAAUGAAGUUGCAGAGAGCGUCCCUGGCGACCUCGAGAAAGGUAGUCGAGCUUAUGACUUUGUGAGAGACCAUCUCGCCGAAGUUGUGAUAUCUCUUGGCAAUAAAAUGCUGUAUCCAACGCCCGAAGAGUUGGAAGACUGGAGUGACGAAGAGCGGAGUGAAUUCAAUGCCUUCCGUCACGAGGCAUGUGAUUACUUACUUUCAGCAUACCCUGUGAUUGGUAUCGACUUGGUGACUGUCUUCCAGACAAAGGCCACAAGUUGCCUGCAUAAUCUGGACUGGCGUAAUUUCGAGGCUUCUAUGUUCUGCAUAGCUCAGCUCUCUGAAGCAGUGGAUGAGAAUGGCCAUGCUGACCAAUGUCUCGAUGCUAUCUUUGGCAGCGAUGCGUUUGCUAGGCUCUGCGCAGGUGCGGAUACAGGAAUCCCGCUCAAGGCUCGUCAGACCCUAGUGCUUUCGUUCGGAAAGUACGAACGAUACUUUAAGCGUCACAAUUCCCUAUUGCCUGGGGUUUUGAACAUCUUGUUCGAAUCUCUCAACUUCGAAUUGUGUGCGCAGGCGGCCUCGAGGUCAAUUUUGGCUCUUUCCAAGUCGUGCGCUCAUGUCUUGACCUCAGAUCUUCCUGCAUUCUUAGAUCAACUAGACCAGUUCAGAAGCAAGCCGACGGCAACGGUCUCUACGAUGCCCAGGGUCUUGGAAGGAAUUGCGACGAUCAUCCGGAGUUUGUGUGGCGAUCAAGAAAGAGUGCAAACACUCGAGCGGAUCCUGGGCUUCUUUGUCCAGGAAGCAAAUACAGCACGGGAAGAGGUUACCGGCCCUGGCCACGAGUAUGGCCGUCUCCGUGCACACCUUGUGCUACGUUGCAUUGCCAGUAUCGGAAAAGGUCUUCGAUCGAAAAGUGAAGUCAUCGAUAUCGAGACUAACCAAGAAGGCAAUCCUUACCCUCCGUCCUUCUGGAAUUCUGGACCAGGCGCCGAAACUCAACGCUUGAUCAUGCAGGCCAUGAGACUUCUGGUCGUCGAUUUUCCCGUUGACAACGGCAUCAUCGAAGCAGCAUGUGAUAUACUGAAAGCUGGAUAUACGGAGCGGGCAGGACUUUUUGUCUUCCCGCCUUCUAUGACAGUGGACUUCAUCAAGAGCUUCCCGCUCGGUAUCUCUGGCACAGAUGUUAUCAUGGCAACUGCCUCGUCAUUCUUGGCAUCUCACGCCGGGCAUGCGAUGAACAUCCGCAUCGAAGCUGAGGCUCUUAUCGACCAUGUAGCGCAGCUCUUUGCCUCCAUGCUCCAAAAGCCGGAAACCUAUGAUCCAGAAACUGCCAAUGCCGGCAUUGACUUCCUGGCACGUCUCUUGCCCAAGUACUAUCAGAUCUUGUUCACACCCACUAAGUCAGACCUGGGCACCGAUUCUCCACUCGCCAUUCUACUUCACUUCACUCUUUUCGCAUUGACCCGACCCGAACCACUCCCCCUUCGAUCUGCGUCUGCGUUUUGGGUUGCGUUGAUCGAUCUUCGCGGCAGUUCCCCCGAAGAAAUUCAGAUCAUCGAUUCGGUCCACCAAGAGUUCGUCCCUCGUCUGUGUUACACAGUAACUCAACAGAUCGCAGGCCGCUGUGCACGAUCCGACCUGAUUUAUCUGACCGACGCCCUGCGCCGCACCAUCUUCAAGAAGACGGCAUUGGCACGCCCGGCUCUCAGCGCUGCCCUUGACACCUUGAAUGCCCAGGUCACGGAUGCAAACGGACAGCAGGUACCGGUCCUAACCCCUCACGAUAAGUCGCGGUUCUUGGAGUCUCUCGCCAUUGCUCGGGGUGCUCAGCAGCAGUCUCUGACUCUUGUGCGUGCUUUCUGGCUGAAAUGCCGGGGGAUGAAUUACGACUAUGCACAGUGA